CGGGCGGGCGGGACUGGAGCAGAGCCCGGGAACGGGGCGGGAGGUCCCAGGGCCCCGGGUUGGGGGGUGGAACCGCACUUCGUCGCCGCGGGGGUGCCGGGACUCCGGCCGCAGUGCCGCCGCCAUCACGGACUUCCUGUGGGACAAGCGCACGGGCCUCGCCGCCAGAACGAUGCCUCAUCCACGAAGGUACCGUUCCUCAGAGCGUGGCAGCCGAGGGAGUUAUCACGAACACUAUCGGAGCCGAAAGCAUAAACGAAGAAGAAGUCGGUCCUGGUCGAGUAGCAGCGACCGGACAAGGCGGCGGCGGAGGGAGGACAGCUAUCAUGUUCGGUCCCGAAGCUAUGAUGAUCAUUCAUCUGACCGGCGGGUAUAUGAUCGUCGGUACUGUGGCAGCUACAGGCGCAAUGACUACAGCCGAGAACGAGGAGAGGCCUACUAUGACACUGACUUUCGCCAUUCCUAUGAGUACCAUCGGGAGAACAGCAGUUACCGAAGCCAGCGCAGCAGCCGGAGGAAACAUAGACGACGGAGAAGACAUAGCCGCACGUUCAGCCGCUCAUCUUCACAGCACAGCAGCCGGAGAGCCAAGAGUGUAGAGGACGACGCUGAGGGCCACCUCAUCUACCACGUCGGGGACUGGCUGCAAGAGCGAUAUGAAAUUGUAAGCACCUUAGGAGAAGGGACCUUUGGCCGCGUGGUGCAGUGUGUGGACCAUCGCAGGGGUGGAGCAAGAGUUGCCCUGAAGAUCAUUAAGAAUGUGGAGAAGUACAAGGAAGCAGCUCGACUAGAAAUCAACGUGCUAGAGAAAAUCAAUGAGAAAGAUCCUGACAACAAGAACCUCUGUGUCCAGAUGUUUGACUGGUUUGACUACCAUGGCCACAUGUGUAUCUCCUUUGAACUUCUGGGCCUUAGCACCUUCGAUUUCCUCAAAGACAACAACUACCUGCCCUACCCCAUCCACCAAGUGCGCCACAUGGCCUUCCAGCUCUGCCAGGCCGUCAAGUUCCUCCAUGAUAACAAGUUGACACAUACGGACCUCAAACCUGAAAAUAUUCUGUUUGUGAAUUCAGACUACGAACUCACCUACAACCUAGAGAAGAAGCGAGAUGAGCGCAGUGUGAAGAGCACGGCGGUGCGGGUGGUGGACUUCGGCAGCGCCACCUUUGACCACGAGCACCAUAGCACUAUUGUCUCCACUCGCCAUUACCGAGCCCCAGAGGUCAUUCUCGAGUUGGGCUGGUCACAGCCCUGUGACGUGUGGAGCAUAGGCUGCAUCAUCUUUGAGUACUACGUGGGCUUCACCCUCUUCCAGACCCAUGACAACAGAGAACAUCUAGCCAUGAUGGAAAGGAUCCUGGGUCCUAUCCCUUCUCGGAUGAUCCGAAAGACAAGAAAACAGAAAUAUUUUUAUCGGGGUCGUCUGGAUUGGGAUGAGAACACCUCAGCUGGGCGCUACGUCCGUGAGAACUGCAAACCACUACGGCGGUAUCUGACCUCAGAGGCAGAGGAACACCACCAGCUCUUCGAUGUGAUUGAAAAUAUGCUUGAGUAUGAACCUGCUAAGCGGCUGACCUUAGGUGAAGCCCUUCAGCAUCCUUUCUUCGCCUGCCUUCGGACUGAGCCACCCAACACCAAGUUGUGGGACUCCAGUCGGGAUAUCAGUCGGUGACAAUCAGGCCUUGGACCCCCCUGCUUGUUGUGUAGCAGUGGGUGUCCAGUCCAGGACACUGGUGCUUUUUUAUACAAGAGAACAGAGCCAGAAAUCACCCCCUCUCCUGCCCCUGGCUCCUUUAUACCUGUGAAUAUGUGACAUAGUGUACAUAUGACAGAUCUUGUACCUGUCACUGCAGCCCCUGCCUUGUACAUACUGCUACUUACAUGCUUCCAGCCUCGUCUGCCUCUUCUGUGGAGUUGGAUGGGGGCAGAAUGAGGUGACCAGGUGGUGUCUACCCCAGGUUUUAUAAGGGAUUUUGUACAGUCUUUGUGAAAUAAAAUGACAUGCUUCAUCUGA